UGAGCUUUGUAUUUGACGACGACGACGUCUGCCACUGCUUCCUCUUAUUCUCACUCUUCAAAAUGGAUAUCGACAUGAAGGUCAAGGACGACAUCGACGACAAAAGGGAGCGCGACAGAGAGCGAGAAAGAGAUGCUGAACGCGACAGGGAACGUGAGAGACCGCCCGCGCCGGAUAGGAGAGAUCGCGACAAGGACAGGGAUCGCGAGCGAGACAGAGAAAGAGAAAGAGAUCGUGGGGGCAGAGAUUCUGGACGCUCUCGUAGGAGUGGCGAUCACUGGGAACCCGACGAGAGGCGCAACGGAGAGCGUCGACGACGGUCACGUAGUCGCUCGCGCUCCCGUUCUCGUAGACGGUCCACUUCACCCCGUCGUCGCUCUCGACGAUCACGCACGCGAAGCAAGUCUCGUUCUCGCUCUCCCCGCUCUCGCAGUCGGGAAAGACGACCUGUAGAUACAUUCGCUCGUUCCCUUGGUGGACCAAUGAAUGCGCCACACGAAGAAGCCGUUGAAUUUGCCAAGCAAAGCAAGAGAGAAAACCGGGUCUACGUCGGCAACCUCAGUUACGACGUCAAGUACAGGGACCUGAUGGAAUUUAUGAGGGGAGCCGGUGAGGUCCUUUUCGCCGAAGUUCUCGUUACACCAACGGGUAUCUCCAAGGGAUGCGGUAUCGUCGAAUUUGCCUCGCAGGAGGAUGCUCAGCGUUCCGUCCGCGAGCUCUCAGAACAACCUCUUUUGGGUCGACCAGUGUUCAUUCGUGAGGACCGCGAGAACGAGUCGCGCUUCGGUGCUACGCCUGUCCCAGGUAAGAUUGGUAUGGCCAUGGCUGGCCAAGGUUUACACGCAGCACCACCUCCUCGUCCUGCAUCACACAACUUUUUCGGCCACCAGAAUCCUCAAAAUCCUGGAAACCAACUCUACGUUGGGAACUUGCCAUACCAAGCUGGUUGGCAAGAUCUCAAGGAUCUAUUCCGAUCUGCUGGCAACAUCAUUCGUGCAGAUAUCAACAUUGGUGCCGAUGGCCGUCCAAAGGGAUCUGGUACUGUCAUCUUCGAGACCUCGAAGGACGCCCAGCAAGCUAUCUCUAUGUACAAUGGGUUUGACUGGUACGGACGUAUCCUCGAAGUUCGAGAGGACCGUUACGCUGGUCUCUCUGGUCCCGGCUCCUUCCGUGGCGGCCUGCGCGGUGGCCUUCGUGGUGGUUUGCGCGGAGGACUUAGAGGCGGCUUGCGCGGUGGCUUCCGUGGUGGCUUCGCCGCUCAAGCCCCCGGCAGAGACUUCAACAACCAAGACCUGUAUGCCGAUUACUCUGGCCCUGAUCAAGGUGGCGCCGGUGGUAUGAGGAUGGACGGGUACGGCGCUGGUGGAUUUGCCGGUGGUUAUGGAGGUGCUCCUCCCGCUCCUGGUUUCGAGCCCGAGCCAAGUCAGCAAAUCAUGGUUCGCAACUUGCCUUGGUCAACUGCGAACGAGGAUCUGGUUGAACUCUUCGAGACCACCGGUACAGUCGAGAUGGCUGAAAUCUUGUACGACGGCGCGCGAUCAAAGGGCGCUGGUGUUGUCCAGUUUGCGGCGAUCCCGGAGGCGGAAACUGCUAUCGCCAAGUUCCAGCAGUACAUGUAUGGUGGUCGACCCUUGGACGUCCGCUUCAACGACAGAUGGCAUACCUUCACACCCAGCGCUGCAAAGGGUGGUCAAGCCAUCCCUAUGCAAGCUGAUGCAGUGUAAUCUGUGAUUAUUGCUUUUUAUGGUCGUUCGCGAAUUUCUGCAUCCCCACCGCUCUUACCAUUCUUAUCUCUUGGUCUAUCCUGUCAUUUCAUCCCGCUUGUGAAGACAAAAAUCUCUAUGUCUAUGAUAUGAAUUCUUCUAUUUUCUCUCUCUCCCAUGUGUAAAAUGGGGUAUGGGACCCCUGAAUACAGAAAAAGAACUUGGCUACUUGCAACUAUGGAUGUCUACUUCCUCGUGAAUAUCUGAUUGAAAAAAUUUGUACAUGUAAAGUUGGGUUGU